GAAACUGUGUUAUUCCGCAUUACGAAUUUUCCGUUGCGACUUUGCCAUUAGCAUGAAUUAUGGCAGAGAAAGUGGGCUACAUUCACAAAAGCUAUGGAACGACGGCGACUCUAUUCGCAAUUGUAUGUCUUUUGACUGUGACCACCCGAUUCUAUAAAGUGGAGGAACCAGAUCACGUAUGCUGGGAUGAAACCCAUUUUGGAAAAAUGGCCAGCUGGUACAUAAACCGAACGUUUUUCUUCGAUGUUCAUCCGCCUCUAGGAAAGAUGCUUAUUGGCCUCUCGGGAUACUUAACAGGCUACGACGGGACAUUUGCCUUUGAUAAACCUGGUGAUAAAUAUGAAAAUGCCAGCUACGUUGGAAUGAGAUUGUUCUGUACGAGCUUGGGCGCCUCUGUUGUGCCCAUGGCAUUUCUCACAGUUAAUCAAAUGACCAGCAGCCCAACAGCGGCCUUAUUUUCAUCGUUGCUUAUCUUAUUUGAUGUCGGUCUAAUUACUCUCACCCAGUACAUUCUCUUAGACCCGAUUCUGCUGUGUUUUAUGAUGGGCUCCAUUCUAGGAGCAAUAAAAGUGUCUUAUAACACUGCCGAUGAGUUUUCGCCGCGUUGGUGGAUUUGGCUCAUAUUCACAGGGACAAUGUUGGCCUGUUGCUGCUCCGUUAAGUUUGUCGGCCUAUUUGUGGUGCUCUUGGUCGGCUUAAUCACUAUUGCGGACUUAUGGAAUAUAUUGGGUGAUUUGACCAAACCGGUGGUUGACGCUGUAAAGCAUCUUUGCGCCAGAGCAAUAUGCCUAAUAGCCCUGCCCAUUUGCUUGUAUAUCUGUUUCUUCUAUAUACAUUUAACCGUCCUCAACAGAAGCGGAAAUGGUGACGGUUUUUACAGCUCGGCGUUUCAGUCCCAACUGAUCGGUAACAGUUUGUACAAUGCAAGCAUGCCACAUCAGGUCGCUUUUGGGGCUGUAAUAACGUUGAAAAAUCAGCGAGCUGGCGGAGGCUAUUUGCACUCACAUUUUCAUUUGUAUCCAGAUGGGAUGGGGGCCCGACAACAACAGAUAACCACUUACACGCACAAAGACGACAAUAACAAAUGGAUGAUCAAGAAAUACAAUGCGGAGGAGCUUUCCGAAGGGGAAAUCGUUCGCAGCGGCGAUUUAGUUCGACUGGAACAUGUCGCCACCAGACGAAAUCUGCAUUCGCACAAAGAACAGGCUCCCAUAACGAAGAAACAUUUCCAAGUGACUGGGUAUGGGGAAAACGGAACUGGAGAUGCGAACGACGUCUGGCGCAUAUUAAUCAAAGGGGCCAAAGAUGGUACGGAAGUCACUGCUGUUACCGCCAAAUUGAAGCUGGUGCAUUAUCUGCAGUCGUGUGUCUUAACGACCACCGGAAAGCAACUACCCAAAUGGGCCUACGAGCAGCAAGAAGUUUCGUGCAGCGCUAAUCUUAGGGAUGCGUAUGCUUUGUGGAAUGUCGAGGAGAAUAUUUAUGAUAAAUUGCCCAAUGUGAACUUUGAGGUCUACGCCCCUAGUUUUUGGGAACGGUUUUUGGAGUCGCAUGCAGUCAUGUUUCAAGGAAACGCCGGACUGAAACCGAAAGAAGGCGAAAUCACUUCCAGGCCAUGGCAAUGGCCGAUUAAUUAUAGGGGCCAGUUCUUCUCAGGCGCACAAUAUAGGAUUUAUCUGCUAGGCAAUCCUGUAAUUUGGUGGAGCAAUUUGGUGUUUAUCGCUUUGUUUCUGAUCAUUUUCUUUGUGAACGCCGUAAAGCAGGAAAGGGGCUACUUCAAGUCGUUUUCAGAGCCCAAUAAAAUGAAGCUAAAAGCCUGCGCCUGGUUGUUUCUCGGCUGGCUCCUACAUUACGUGCCCUUCUGGGCCAUGGGGCGAGUGCUAUAUUUUCACCAUUAUUUUCCAGCUUUGCUUUUCAGCUCCAUGCUAACAGGAAUACUCAUGGACUACAUUUUGGACCAAUUCCCAAAAUUAUUUCACGAGCAGCAUACACAUUUUGUCUAUCACACCUGCAUUGGUAUUUUUCUGUCUGUAGUUCUGUACAGUUUUUACUUGUUUGCGCCGUUGGCCUACGGCAUGAAUGGCCCAUCAUCUAACGAACCCAACUCGACUAUGCACGGGCUGAAAUGGAUGGAAACGUGGGAAUUUUAACGCCGUUUUGGCCUUUACGUUAUAUAUUUUUAUGGAAUUAUAUUUUCGAUCAGCUAAUUAAAUGGUCGUACUGAGA